AUGGUGGUAAUGGGGGUUGCAGCACAAAAGCAGUUACACUUAGAGAAGCACGUGUUAGAGGGUUUUGGUUCGAAAUCCAUGGAAUUGAAAUGGGUGAGUCGAAGAAUCAGCAAAAGCUCACAGCUCGAGAAGACGAUGAAGCCGUUGAGCCCGCUUUUCCCAAUUUACAUUUCCACAGACCCGCGUCACGUCGAUCCUCACCGUCUCCGGGACCUCUUCGCCGAUUGCAACUACUCUACCCAAAAAAUUCCCACCCGAGCCGAACCCGAACCCGUGGACAUCCACAAACUCCGCAUUGCUCUGUCUCACAGCGCCGUGGUUGUCUCCGUCUUCUGCAACCUCCGCCAUGUAAACGACGUCGUUCCAUAUCACGGCAACUCAUCAUCGUCUUUAAUCGAGGAUUUCUUAACGCCGGUUUCUCCUUCACGCGAUCAAUUGGUGGGGUUUGGCCGCGCCAUUUCCGAUUGUGGCCUCACCGCAUCGAUUUACGAUGUCAUGGUUAUUCCUUCCCUGCAGAGAAUGGGAAUUGGUAAGAUGAUAGUAAAAAAAAUUACGAGAGUGCUUACAAAUAGAGAUAUCUACGACAUAUCAGCCCUUUGCUCAGAGAAUGAAAGGUUAUUUUUUAAGGCAUGUGGAUUUGGGAACGACAGUUUGGCCUCUACAACCAUGAUGUAUAGAAGAUCUGAUCCGUCAGUAACCCAGGAAGGUGAAUAG